AUGGCGCCUCCCAACGGUCGCUUGGCGUCCAAGACGUCCAAGACGUCCAAGCUGGCCAUCACGCUCCUUAUAUUUUCCAUUACCCUCGCCUUUUUCCUUGCGCUUCCCUCCUUUGGCCGCAGCCCAGCCUCGUCCAAAAUCACUCCUGUGCGGCGUCAGAACGAGUCUGCUGAACCCGUCUCUGCGCUGCUGUACGACGAGUACUCGGAGCACAACAACACUCUCGUCAGGCGUAUUGACCCGUACAAGUGCACCAAGGAUAUCCCCUGCCACACCAAAGCCUGCUGUGGCUCUUUCGGAGCCGACGGUGUAGGAACCUGCGGCUUUGGCCCGACCUUUUGCGGCUCUGAUUGCGCCAGCCAGUGCGAUGCGAAGCCUGAAUGUGGCCAAUACGCUGUUCCUGCGGGCAAGACCUGUCCUCUCAACGUAUGUUGCAGCAAGUUUGGAUUCUGCGGCACCACGUCCCUGUUCUGCGACACCUCGGAAGGCUGUCAAAGCAACUGCGGCACGCCUGCUGUGCCUCCGGGCAAAAGCGCCAAGCCAGUCACGCACCGCGUCAUUGGCUACUACGAGGCCUGGAGUGCUCGUAGAGAGUGUUACCCUUUCCCUCCCGCUGCUAUUCCCAUCGAAGGUCUCACCCAUCUCAACUUUGCUUUCGGUUACAUCGCUCCCAGCAGCUAUGAAGUUACCCCCAUGGAUGGUGCCACGCCAGCGUCGCUCUUUACACAGACGGCCGACGUUCGCUCGCUCAAAUCUGGUCUCUCCGAUCUCAAAGUCUACAUUUCCCUUGGCGGCUGGACGUUUAGUGACAAUGGCACCGACACACAGCCUCUCUUUAGCGAGAUCGCGUCAACCGAGUCCAACCGUAAGAAGUUUGCCAACAACCUAGUCGACUUUAUGAAGAAGUACGGCUUCGAUGGUGUUGACAUUGACUGGGACAGGUACCCUGGCGCGCCUGAUCGUGGUGGCGAAGAGCACGACACGUCUAACUUUGUCGCCUUGCUCAAGACGCUCAAAGAGACGUUUGACGCCUCUAUUCACGGUCCCUAUGGACUCACCUUUACUAUUCCCAGCUCUUACUGGUACCUGCGAUGGUUUGAUGUUCCCGGCAUGCUGAAAUACGCAGACUGGACCAAUAUCAUGUCGUACGACUUGCACGGCGUCUGGGACAAGGAAAACCCCAUCGGCAGCAUCGUCCAGAGCCACACCAACCUCACCGAGAUCAAGCUGUCUAUGGAGCUCCUCUGGCGAAAUAACGUCGCCCCCGAGCAGGUCGUUCUUGGUCUCGGCUUCUAUGGGCGCUCUUUCCAGCUACAGGAUAAGAGCUGCUCCACGCCUGGUUGCGAGUUUGCCGGCGCGGCUGAGCCCGGUUCGUGCACGAAAAACGGCGGCACGCUUGCCUACUUUGAAAUCCAGGACAUCAUCAAAGAUCAGAACCCCAAAGUCAUCCAUGAUAAGGCGGCCGCCUCAAAAUACUUUGUCUAUGGUCGAGACCAAUGGGUCAGCUUUGACGACGCUGACACGUUCACGCAGAAGGUCGACUAUGCCAAUAGCGUUGGCCUCGGCGGCCUCAUGAUAUGGUCCGUCGAUCAGGAUGACAAAGAAUUCUCUGCUAUGCAGGGUCUACUAGGAAUGAGCUUGCAGAGCUACUCUGUGCUCCUCAAGCGCGCUGAGACCACCGACGCUGGCAAGUGGACGUCACUCAACGGCCAGAAAUGCGUCAUGUCGGACUGUGGUGUCCCCGCUCAGUGCCCUGAUGGCUACGGCAUGGCUCCCGGAGGCGAGGGAUUUGAGGACGACUGUGGUAGCAGCAAGUUCCGUAUCAUCUGCUGCCCUCUCAACUCCAUGCCGGAAAGCUGUUUAUGGCGUGGAGGUGAGGGGACUUCUGGCCGCCCCUCGUGUCACGGUCAGUGCCAUGUGGGCGAGACAACUCUCUUCCAUUCUCGACAUGCCACCAAGAACUGUCUUCGACCUGGCUGGCAAGCGUUUUGCUGCACUGCCCAGACAUGGGCUCACCAGAUUGCCGCUUGUAAAUACUCAAAAUGCCGCGGCUCCUGCGGCGACACCGAUGACACCAAGGGCAUGAAGAAGGUUGCCUCAAUUAGCGAUGACUGCAUUUUUGGAUACAAAGAGAUAUGUUGCCCUCCCGACGCUGCCUUUGAAAACUGUCAUUGGGUUGGUAAAGGUAGCUGUGAUGACAACGAAUGCGCCGACAACGAUGUCCAGCUGGCUCUUGAUCCUUUUGGCGAUAACCAAAAUCGAUGUGGUCUCAACCGCAAGAAAGUUCUUUGCUGCAACACCCCCAAGAAUCUCAAUCCUUUUCUCCCCGUUUCUCUUGACAAGGUCUUUCCUACGAUGCCCCCCGAGACGGACUAUCCCCAGUUUGACCUGCAGGCACUGGGAGCCACCAACCCGGUCACAAUUGACCUUGAUCACAAUGUCUUUGGCAUGGUAAUCAUUGUUGGACCCGCGUCGACAGUACAUACACUCCGCCGAAGCGAUGGAUCUGAUGCGUACGUGCUCGACUGCCCCAAGAUCAAGCAGGAGGGUCUAAGUCGCAUUCGUCUUGUCUGCGAGGAUGGUGGCCCCGACUCGAGCUGCAACAAGAUCCAUCUUGACGGCGCCCAAGGCACCAUUAUCCGUCUCCCGGCUGGCUGUGGCCCUGGUCACUAUGCCGUCUUGCACUCUGCGCGCGACGUCUCUCAAAUCUCCACGCUUCCUGGCAAUGUUGCUCGCUCCGUCCCGGCCAACCGCACCAUUGUCGAGUUGGAGGUCUCGCACGACUUUAGCAAGGUCAAGCGCGACGCGGGUGACAUUUUUGUUCGCAUUGACUACUCCAACUCCAACCAGUACUGGAGCAAGAUUGUCCAAGGCGACCCUAUCAAGCAUAAGAGAGGGAUGGCCCCUGAUUUGCACAAGCGCUUUUACAGUUCCGCGUCAUCGGACUGGAAGGACAAGUUUGACAGCUUACGCAAUCUCCAACAGCCAUCUAGCCUCAACAGCAACGGCCAGCUUAGCAAAGAUAACAUCAAGGUUACUCUCAGCGGCGAGCAAAAGGAAAAGUGCACUGCCAAGGGUGAUGACGGUUUUCUCAACAUGGACAUUGCAGGAAAGAUGUACGAGGAUCUUGAAUUCGGCUUCACCUUUGUCGGCACGAUCGCACCCACGUUCCAUAUAGAAGAGGCCAAUGGUUACUACGACACCAGCAUCUCGUUCAACGCCCAACUCACCUUUGACGGCAAGGGCUCGCUGGACAUUCCCGCCGGCCUCGAAUCCCAAAAGCUCUUCCACAGCCCCGUCAGCGCCUGGGGCUUUUCGCACCCUGGCAUUUGCGAUUUUGGUCCUACAGUCAACGUUGAAGUGGCCAUGACCGGCAAGGGCAACAUUGACGCCAAGUUUACUGCUGCCUUUUCUAUUGCCAACAGCAACGCCGUCACCGACAGCCUACCGACAGGAACUGGUCCUCAUGACGGUGGCGUCUUCAACAAGCUUGUCAGCAACGCCUGGUCUGGUGAUCUCUCGCUUCCCACCAAGUUGCAGCCUCACAGCAUCAAAAAGGCGCGCGCUGCCAGCCCCGGCACUGGUAGCACCAUCCUGGCGCUGCGUCUGCGCACAAUCUCACAGAUGAAGCUCGAUUUAGACUUUUACGGGCAGAAGAGCGUAGCCACCGAUACCCAAUUCAACCAGACCAUUGAGAGUUUGUUCCGCAUCAGCAGAGAAUCCAACGGUGACGCCAUUGUUGCUUUCAGCAACGACCAGGCGACGGUUGAAUCCUUCACGACCGGCGACCUCCCCUGGGGUGAUGAUGACUCGCAGCGGGUUGUCGGCCGCGGCGAUGCCCUUGUUCUUCACUCUGGAACCAGCACGCCGCCAGCACGCAGUGCUCCCGACGUUGAGGGAUACCCAAUCUUUGGAGGGCACGACAUUAUGUCUUGCAGCGAUGGUACCGGCAACGGCGGCGGCGGCUCACAUCUUGAUACGUGUGUCUGCUGGAACUAUCUUGAUCGCUACGACCGCAGUUUGGAUCUUGAUCCCGAUACCGGUGCGCCGUACGAAAAUGUCAACCUGCGUAGACGACGCCGAAUGCGCAUGAAUGAUCUGCUGUUCGCCGAUCCUUUGCUGGCGCUUAACCCAGACACGGGAAAGCCAUACGACGAGGGCCUCAUCACCGAGCUCCUGGAAGGCCGUGCGCCCAUCCAGUAUGGCUCCGCGGAAAAUUACGCUGUCACCGGGCCGAGCGGCCGCCGAUGGAACGUCCGCAUGGGCCGGUAUCCGCAAGGCCGCGAUGGCGACUCGCUGAACCAGCUGAACCCGCAGGCCGGGCGCUACGACGCCGAGGAUUGCUACGACUGCAGCAACAUUGCGGUCACGUCGAGCAGCACGAACCCCGAUAUACGGGUGGUGACGGAGCAUAUUAAUGAGCGGCAGACGGAACCGCGCGCUCAAGAAUUCAUGAUGAAUGCGCAGACGAGGCGCGGCGACGGCUCGCUCGAGAGAAGCGCGUACCCUGCGAUCCCUGAGCGAUUCCUGGACGACAACAGCCAUCUGCAUGAGGACUACUCGACAUGGGACCCCAAUGGUCCGUACGGGAACCGCGGCCGGCCGAUUGACGAAAUCACCAACGCCUAUGGUUCGGAUACCAACCCUGGCGUGCUCGUCAACACCGAAGCCGUCCUCAACGGCAUCAAGGCGCGCAUGUGGGUGGGCAACCAGCCGAUGAGCGACUCUCUCUGGAACGAAAAUGGGUUCAAUCUUGAGGAUCCGCAGCGAAGCAACGCCGCCAUUAGCUACAUUCGCGCGACGAUGCAAGUCGUCGUGUACCUCAACGACGCAGUCGUCAAUGACAACUGGGCGCACAUCAUCCAAGACGUGGUGGAUGCGUACCGCCGCUACGCGGAGCGCGUGCAAGCCGUCGAUGGCGUGACUAUUCAUCCGGCUGAAAUGUACCAAGAGUACGUGCUCAACGUGGUGAUUCACAAUCUGGAGGACACGGACCGGUGGAUGUUGCGGCGAAUUGAGCAGCUGCGCAGCGUGUGGCGGAACAGUAACCAUCCGGAAGCGCAGGGCGUUUUAGAUCAGCUGCAAGAGACGGAAGAUCAGGUUGAGGAGCUGUUGAUUGACAUGAGUCGCCUGCCGCUUGACUGA